AUAAAUGAACCCUAUAUUAUAAAGUGUUUUGAAUUCUCCUUAAUACUCUCGAACAAUUCCAAAAAAAGAGUAUCAAUUUGCAAACAUCUACAGGGUACCCACAAAAUACAAGGCUACUUCAUGGAAACCUUAUUCAGCAAGAGACAAAUCAGAAGACAAUGUGAUUGAAUAACUGAGACCUAAAAUUAGAAUUAGGCUACCAUCAUUGUAACAUCAAGAUUCAAGUGGGUCUCAUUAGUAAACGUUCUCAAAGGAAUCAGAAAAAGAGAAGAAAAUAGAAAUUACAACUAAAGUCAUGUAUUAUUUAAGCAGAAUGACAGGACCUGAGAAUGCUUCAAAGUCAAAGAAGUACAGGGAAAAAGAGAUCCAAUCUCGAUUAAUGCCAGGAGUGAAUUCAUAUGAUGGACUUUAUGAUGAAAUGUACGAAGACGAUGAUAUUUGAU